AUGCCGUCGCGCAAGAGUCACCCCACCGAGACUCAUCACGAGCCUCGCAGGAGCUCAUUGCGGCGGCUGUCGUCCAUCGCCUCUCUUCACACGCUGAACCCCUUCAACCGCCGGCGCAGCAACAACAUCGAAAACUCGCCAUCGACCACCGCCAGCAAUGUCUCCUUGUCCAGCAUUUGGGCUAACGCCUCUGACCGGCAGAAAGAUAUGAAUACGUCCGACAUUUCCAGCGACAGCGACAAAUUCGACCAGGUGCCACCUCUUCCUGCCCUUUCCUUGCGCAAGAGCAGCUACAUUUGUCUACCGAAUGAUCCCAUCGGUGGAAUGCCGAGGAGCAGAACUUUCAGCAAUCUUCCCUUGCCGACUCGAGCGAAGAAGUCGACCAGCAAGCUCCAGCAGUCCAAGUCGCACGCUCGCCUGCCGUCGCACACAAGCAGCAAUCUGCCGCCAUCGCGACUGCCGACGCCGACCUUCUCGACCCGCAAGCACUCGACCACUCGGCUCAUCAACGCGAGCAGCAACACGUGGACAGGUAGCAGGAAGCUGAUGAGAUCUGAUACGGAGCCGCUCUUUCCCCAGGCGCUGCAGCGCGAGACCUGUGUACCGCGCUUGACUGCGUUCAAGGAGAACAUUUCUUUGAGCCCCAUCAAGCCGCUCUCUCCGUACGAUGACAACUUGUUUGGCUCUCCGUCGCGGAACUACAGCAGUAGACAGGGCUGGUCUGAAGAUGGUGAUGAGGGCUUGCCACUUUACGCAGAGCGCUCGUCGGGGUUGACAUACCAGAGAAUUGUCGAGCCGCGCGGUGUGACUACUCGACGACUUUCGCAAAAGUUCGAGAGCAGCCCAGCAUACCGUGGUCUAACGGAGAGGGCACCAACUCCAGGCAAACCAGUGCAGAGAUGGAACUCGCAGCCCGUGCUGACCAACGCGACCAAUUUCCGCAGCUCUUAUGGCUCCGAGAUCAAGCAGACGCGUUUGAUGUCUGCUCGCCAGGCACCGACGCCGCCUCCUGCAAAGUCGCCCUCGACCGAGCUUCUGCUCAACACCGCACGCGCUAGAGCCUUGAGCAACUCGUCGAGCCAUCACCUCCGCUUUGCCUCUUCCCAGACUGCGGGUGUUGUCGAAAGUCGCCCGCAAAAGCCCAUCAGUAGGGCCAGGGCAGACUCAAUCAAGGCCAAGCCUGGAGCUGUUACAUCUGCUCAACCUUUGGCGUACUGGACGGGUCGAUUUUCCUCCUUGAACGAUCGUUAUCGCAAUGAAGAACUCUCGGCGACCGACUUGUCUUCCCCUUCCAUUCUCAAAUUUGAGACAGACAAGAUGCACACGACAGAGGCCAGCUACCGCCGUAUGCGCAAAGCGAUUCAGCAUCUGUACUCUCUCUGCGCCACUCCUGAAGCUGAGCAGUCUUUCUUCGUCUGGCAGAAGGCAGUGGCUGGUGCUCUUGCCAUUCCUGAGCUCGCUCGAUCGGUGCCCGUCCCUGAGUCGAGGACUUGCGCGCUCGAGAUGAGCUUGAAGAGCGACGAAAGCUUCACUCCGCCGAGCGAGUCCAGAAAGAUGAACUUCAUGGAUCGCCUGCUGGGUCGCAGGCAGAAGAUGGGGAUGGACCGCCCCUCGAUAGCGCCGGCGGUUGGUGGACUCUGAAGUUCGACUUGCUGAGGUCGCAUGAUCGCUACAAUCUGGUCUACUAUGAUCGCGUUUUUGAUGUUAAAGUUCGUGAGG